UGUCCUUUCCGGAAGUGUCGUCCCAACCGUUUGUCUGACUUCCCGUUUGAAUUUGCACAGCGGACUGUACGGUGUGAUAUCGGCUGAGACUGGAUAUUAAACUUUUCUUCUGACAUAUUGACCUUAACGGAUUUAACAUGUUGUCGUACAUCAUUGGGUUGAUCCGGGGCGGCUUUGACAGCAUCAUUAACCUGAUCUUCAGACUGUUCUUCUCCAAGAGGAGACCAGCCAUUACUUUAGAAGACCCCAACAUCAAGUAUGCACUGAGGCUGAUUGACAAACAGAUUGUCAGCCAUGACACCAGGAAGUUCCGCUUUGCUCUGCCGUCACCUGAGCAUGUGCUGGGUCUGCCAGUCGGACAACACAUCUACUUGUCUGCAAAGAUCAAUGGGAAUCUUGUGGUGCGUCCAUACACUCCCACAUCCAGUGAUGACGACAAAGGCUACGUGGACUUGGUGAUAAAGGUUUACUUUAAAGGAGUUCAUCCCAAAUUCCCAGAGGGAGGGAAGAUGAGUCAGUAUUUGGAGAGCCUCAGGAUCAGUGACACCAUUGACUUCCGAGGACCCAGUGGUCUCCUGGUCUACAAGGGCAAAGGACAGUUUGACAUCCAGGCUGAUAAAAAGUCUCCAGCUGUGACCACAACAGCCAAACACGUGGGAAUGAUCGCUGGAGGAACAGGAAUCACACCGAUGCUGCAGAUCAUCACGGCCAUGAUGAAGGAUCCACAGGACCAGACCGUUUGUCACCUGCUGUUUGCCAACCAGACUGACAAACUGAUCCUGCUGAGACCAGAGUUGGAAGAGAUCCAGGUCAACAACCCAGAUCGCUUCAAUUUGUGGUUGACCCUGGACAGAGCCCCCGACGACUGGGAGUACAGCCAGGGCUUCAUCAGUGAAGACAUGGUGAGGAACCAUCUGCCUCCCCCCAGCGACGACACUCUCAUCCUCAUGUGUGGACCACCGCCCAUGAUCCAGUUCGCCUGUAACCCCAACCUGGACAAAGUGGGCCACGCCGAAAGCCGCAGGUUCACCUUCUAGACACGUGUCCAAGUCCUAGAGUCGAGGUUUGACCACUGAAGGCAAUUUAUCAAUAACCUGCACUUCAUAAAUAUAAAAGGACAAAAAAAAACCAAAAAAAAAAAACCAAAAAAAAAAAAAC